UGAGAAGCUGCUCUCCUCCGCUGAGCCGAGGGACACGGGACUAAAGUUCAACAUUUAACCGAGAAAACACGGAGAGUCGACUACUCAGCAAUGAAAUGUAUGUCUCUCAGUGUGCGGUGCACUUUCAACUAAACUCUGGCUGCGAGCAUCCCACGUUAAACACGGUGGAUCUGCUGACACUGGACUCCUUGCUCACUCCUGACAUCCAGUGUCAGCAGCUGGUGCUUUGAAGAUGAUCAACCCUCAGAUAUACCUGCACUAUAACUACACAGGAAAGCUGGACCACCGGCCCAGCGUUGGUGCAAGCCCUGGCACCGUGGACACCAAGACCAUCAUGUUCCUCAUCAUAUGCAGCUUCAUUGUCCUGGAGAACCUCACCGUGCUGGUGGCCAUAUGGAGAAACCACAGGUUCCACAACCGCAUGUACUUCUUCAUUGGCAACCUGGCUCUGUGUGACAUGCUGGCUGGAGUGGCCUACCUGGUCAACCUGCUCCUGUCAGGAGAGAAGACCCUGCAGCUCUCGACUGCUCUCUGGUUUGUCAGAGAGGGAAGCAUGUUUGUAGCACUUGGUGCGUCCAUUUUCAGUCUCCUGGCUAUUGCUAUAGAGCGACACCUGACUAUGAUCAAAAUGAGGCCUUAUGAUGCCAACAAGAACUACAGAGUGUUUCUGCUCAUAGGGACCUGCUGGCUGAUCGCCAUAUGUCUUGGAGCUUUGCCUAUCCUGGGCUGGAACUGCCUGGACAACCUCCCUGAUUGCUCCAUAGUCCUCUCUCUCUAUUCCAAGAAGUAUGUAGCUUUCUGUAUCACAGUUUUCAUGGUUUUACUCUUAGCCAUGUCAGUCCUUUACGCCCGCAUCUACAUCCUGGUGAAGUCCAGCAGCCGAAAGGUGAGCAAGCACAGAAACUCAGAGCACGCGAUGUCCCUUCUGCGCACUGUCAUCAUUGUAGUCGGGGUCUUCAUCGCGUGCUGGACACCCAUCUUCGUCCUGCUCCUGGUGGAUGUGGCAUGUCAGCAGCGUUGUCCCAUCCUUUACAAGGCUGACUGGUUCAUUGGACUAGCUGUGCUCAACUCAGCCAUGAACCCAAUCAUUUACACCCUGGCCAGCCGCGAGAUGAGACGGGCCUUCCUGGGUCUGGUGUGUGCUGUUUGUUACAAGGGGAAGGCCUCUGUGACCGGCAGCGCUAACAGGCAGUCUCUGGAGCCCAGCCGCAGCAGGAGCAAGUCGUGGAGCAGCCAGAACAACCCCAACCAGAACCAUCAGAGCUCCAGGCAGACGGAGCUGGAGAAGGGGCAGGGGACCGGCACGGGCCAUGGCGAGGUCUCAGUGGUGGCAGGAGGGGCUGCUCAGGCCGUCAUUGAGAGUGACAGGAAAGACUAAAUGAUUGGAGCAAGAUAUCUACAGGAGGGAGGUGAGCACUGGUGGACUCAGGAGACCACCUAUUUUGGUGCCCCCAUGCUUGAACAAACACUGCAGAAGUGUCCUUUCAGAUGCCUCUAUGGAGGAUAAAACAUGAGUGCCCUCUAGGGUGACCCUCCAGUGGAGAAAACGCAAUAAAGUGCCCUCCAAGGUGGCCUUAAAAUUAAGAAAAAAUGAUGCAGUGCCACACAGGCUGCGCUGGUGCCCUUUUUAUUCUCAUUUUACCCCUGCCCUUAAGACAGCCUGAGUCCACCACUGAAGGUGAGGGUGAUGCUAUUGUUUAAGCUCACGGGUUUGUGCAGUGGCCAGAAUUGGUGACGAAAAGGAAUUUGAGUUGUGACUGAAUCAGAGUGAAGGAUAUCUUAGACUGCAGGGCAGUGGUUUCUCCUUUGUGCUUGAUAUUGAUAUAUAUAUGCAUCAUCCAUACUUGGGAAGCGCAUUAAAAUGGCCACUCUUGGCAUUAGACUGACUAAUUUAUGAGGCCAAUUUGUUCAACAAGACAAUCAAUAUCACCUCUUUGUGAAGUACAGGUCAUAUUUCAGCAGAGGCCAGUGAGAAACACGUAUCUCCAGAUUUGGUCAUUUUAUGGUUAAAUCGUUUUUAAGAACAUUAAUCAUCUAAAAAACCAUUGGAUCAUCUGAAAAAUAUGCAUCGUCACAAAGCUGGAAAAAGGCAGUUUUUCUUAGCUCAUGCAAAGUGGAUGUUUCAGAGUACGUGGUUUUCACAGGUCAGUGACAGUUUGCAAAUGAAUGGUGCUCUAACCCUCUAAAGAAAAAACAUUUACCUCCGUGGUUACAGAUGUGACCGUCCAAGACAAACAAGACGUGAAAACUCACAUGCGAUGAAUUAAAGUGCAAUUAAUUUACUGCAAAAUGAUGUAAUGAAGAAUGAUUGUAGACAAUUAUUAGUGUAAUGACCAACAAUUAUUUAUUAUUCAGUGUAGUCUGUUCUGUAAUUUUGUAUUUACUCAGCAUUACUACAGUAUACUGUGCAGUUACUGUAAUGAAAACUGCAUUAUAAGUCGUGUAUGUAUAUAAAUGAGAUAAUAGCACAUGCUGAACCAGCUAUUCUUUUCAUUAUAUAAGAAGCCUCAUGUUCAAACUGCAUCCAUUAUCUGUUGUGAAUUAAUGUAGCUCAUGCAGUGCAUUCAACAUCAUUAGUUUUAGAUAAUACCAGGGCUCCACCUGCUGGUUAACAGUGGUAGUACAUGCAAAACAUGCUGCAUGUACAGUGCAGAAUCUUUUCACUGUAUGUUUGUUUAAUAUAAUUAUUCCAGAAGUAGAAAAGCUUGUAUCAACUUAAAAAGCAUGAAGCUGGUAAACUGAAGGAAGAGGCAUGUGAAUGCAGCAUGUGAAAUAGAAAUAGUUUACGACGUGCAGCUAUUUAAAUGAUGCAAAAUAUUAGCUUUGACACAAUAAAAGGUAAAAAACGUGUAAA